CCCGGGAAUAUGCAAAUCACAUCCUCCAGUGCGGGAGGCCUUCCUUUGUCCCGUGCUAGGAUUAUGCAGAUGAGCGAGCCUCCAACCCCGGGAUCCAGGCCGAGUCCUUAGGCCCUCACCCCUCCACCCCAAGGCAUCCUCUAUUUAUAAGGCGCGUCCGCUCCUCCGCGCUCGCCCGCUCCGUUUGACGCUCUGUGCUGCGGACUGUACCAAGUCCAGCGGGGCCGUGAGCUGCGGAGCCCGACACCCGCGCCAGCGCGAGCUCGGCAGGCUGCGCGAGUCUCUGAGCCCCUCUUCCCACCGACGGCCACGAAUGGUCCGUCUGGCCGCGCACGCGCCCUGAGCCCCGCUCGCCCCUCGCUCUCACGCUCGCUCGCUCGCUCGCCUAGGCUCUCUGAACGCAGGCGCAGUGCCCGGCCUUGCAGCCGCCACCGCCGAGCCCGAGCCGGGGCUGCCGGCGUCGUAAGUCUGGCUGCGUACAGGAUUUCUGUACUGAGGGAUGGUUCCACCUGACACCCGGAACAUUCUGGAAGGAGCUUUGUGUAAUCAUCCCUCGCUACCUGCCAACACUCUGCGAUAGAAGAGCUUGUGGCUGGAGGUGUGACUGGGAGAGCUGGCCCGGGAGGGACCCUGCCCAGUUGCUGCUCUGCUCCCGUCUCUUGUCCCCUCCCCUGGCCAUGACAGAGACCCGUGAGCCCGCUGAGACUGGAGGCUACGCCAGCUUGGAGGAAGAUGAUGAAGACCUUUCCCCAGGCCCGGAGCAUUCUUCUGACUCUGAAUACACUCUUUCAGAGCCCGACUCUGAGGAGGAGGAAGAGGAAGAGGAAGAAGAGGAGACCACUGAUGACCCUGAAUAUGACCCUGGCUAUAAGGUGAAACAGCGCAUAGGUGGGGGCAGGGGAGGCCCAUCCCGCCGGGCCCCCCGAGCAGCCCAGCCUGCUGGCCCACCUGCACAGCCCUGCCAGCUCUGUGGCCGAUCACCGCUGGCAGAGGCCCCACCCAGUACCCCACCUUGCCGACUCUGCUGCCCUGCAACAGCAACCCAAGAAGCCCCAGCCUCUGAAGGCAGGGCUCUUGGUGAGGAAGAGGAGGAGCCAUCUCGCACAGGGGAGAGCCGGCCAGCAGGGCGGGAUGGAGAUGAAGAUGAGGAGGAGGGGGGUACCUACCACUGUACGGAGUGUGAGGACUCCUUUGACAACCUCGGGGAACUGCAUGGUCACUUCAUGCUACAUGCCCGGGGUGAGGUUUAGGUAGGGCCACCAGGGAGCUAGUGGAGGGGUGGGUGGGAGCAGGGGCUGAGGAAGCUGCAGUCGGGGCUGGGUCCCACCCAUGUGUGUUGUCUUAGCAGUAGAUAUGUGAAAGGCAGAAUGAAUAAAAGCCAGAUUGUGUGUGUGACUGAG